UCUUAGUUUGUUAGUUCACAUAUAUUAGGUCAUUAAAAUAAUAUAACAUAUAUAACUCGUAAAUGCCAAAAAAGUAAAAACCUUAUGGUCGGGUGAUAUAACUAUAACUCUUCUAUAGAGGAAGUCAGGGGAUGAAGACGAGAGCUUAAUUCAACCUUCAGCUCAGAAGAAUUACUUUUGGGCUCAUCCCUACCAGUGGAAUCUUGAUCUUGUUAGGUUGAAAUCAUACCAGUAUCAUGAAGGAUAGGAAUUUGGACCUGUUUGACCCGGGAACCGCCGUGAUGGACCCCGAUUACUCCCCUACGUCCGGCCACCAGCCCGAUUUCGCCUUCGCCUUUAACGAUAGCAACUUCUCCGACCGCUUGUUGCGGAUCGAGAUUGUUGCCGACCCGACCGACCACCGUUCCGAAUCCGACGGCUAUCAGAUCAUCGCCGAUUGGGCUCGCAACCGCAAACGCCGCAAGGAAAAUGACACCACCAACGAAAACGCUUUGGAUAUAACCAUAUGUCCAGAGGAACAGAUUCUUAGCUGUCACCAGAUUGAUCCAGAAGAAGAUGUUGAUGCUGAUACUGACAACCAAGAAGAGGAAGGGGUUGCAAUGAUUGAAGAGGCACCUUCAGGAGAUGAAGCUCCUGACAGCGAAGAUUCCGAUUGGAAUAUGGAUUCAAAGGUUACUAAAGUCAAAACAAUACACAUCAGCUCUCCUAUCCUGGCAGCAAAAAGUCCAUUCUUUUACAAGCUUUUCUCUAAUGGGAUGAGGGAAUCAGAGCAGAGACAAGUCACCCUUCAAAUUUAUGCAUCCGAGGAAGCUGCACUGAUGGAGCUCCUGAACUUCAUGUAUAGCAAUACACUCACAACAACAUCUGCAAGUGGUUUGUUGGAUAUACUUUUGGCUGCUGAUAAAUUUGAGGUUGCUUCAUGCAUGAGGCACUGCAGCCGCCAACUACGUAACUUACCAAUGACUCCUGAAGCAGCAUUGCUGUAUCUAGAGCUUCCUUCAAGCGUCCUGAUGGCCGACGCUGUUCAGCCAUUAACAGAUGCAGCAAAGCAGUUUCUAGCUGCUCGCUACAAAGAUGUCUCCAAGUUUCAAGAGGAGGUCAUGAACUUACCCUUGGCUGGAAUUGAAGCAAUAUUGGCAAGUGAUGACCUACAAGUGGCAUCAGAGGAUGCAGUAUAUGACAUUGUGGUGAAGUGGGCAAGGGCCCACUAUCCCAAGUUGGAGGACCGACACAGGAUUCUCGGGUCCCACCUCGGUCGAUACAUACGCUUCCCUUACGUGAGCUGCCGGAAGCUUCGCAAGAUCCUCGUCUGCAACGACUUUGACCACGAGUUUGCAACCAAACACGUCCUCGACGCCCUGUUUUUCAAGGCAGAUUCCCCGCACCGGCAGCGGACCCAAUACGCGGAAGGCUCCACCUCAUCCAGCCGCCGCUUCGUCGAGCGGGCCUACAAGUACCGUCCCAUCAAGGUGGUGGAGUUCGAGACGCCACGUCAUCAGUGCAUCGUCUACUUGGAUCUGAAACGCGAGGAGUGUGCAAAUCUGUAUCCAUCAGGGAGAGUGUAUUCUCAGGCGUUCCACCUGGGAGGACAGGGCUUCUUCCUGUCUGCCCAUUGCAACAUGGACCAACAGAGCUCGUCGCACUGCUUCGGCCUCUUUCUUGGGAUGCAAGAAAAGGGGUCCAUGUCGUUUGCGGUCGACUACGAGUUUGCAGCUAGGUCGAAGCUAACAGAGGAGUUCAUCAGCAAAUACAAGGGGAAUUACACUUUUAUUGGGGGGAAAGCUGUGGGGUACAGGAACUUGUUUGGCAUGUCUUGGGCUAAUUUCAUGGCCGAUGAUAGCCCCUACUUCAUCAAUGGCAUUCUCCACCUUAGGGCCGAGCUCACUAUCCGCCGCUGACACUCGCUAUUCAUUGAGUAUUUCCAAUAAAAAAGAAAGGUGAUGAUUUUUUUUCCUCUGUACUUUCAUGUGUGUGGGGAUAGUUCCGGCGACCUUGAUUUCUCUCCAAUGGUAGCAGCUGUAGUUUAAAUCUUUUGAACCCUUUGUAAGUUUGUAUGCAUGAAUGAGAAAUCUUUCUGAAAUGGUGUGUAAAUGGGAUGUGAACUGAUGAUCAUCUGUUCUCUGACUAAUCACAAGUGAUUUUU